GCGGUAGCAACAGCAGCGUCGUUAGCGGCGAAGAAAAUAAAGACGAAGUGGGGCGAAGCUGCUGGCCCGGCGGCCCGUAGAAUCCUGCGGUGGGUCUACCGUGGGCGCUCGCCGCGGGUAUCCGCGGGGUUGCCGCCGGACGCAGCCGCCGCCGCGGCGACCACAACUCGUCGGCCUCCUCAGGUGGCGCAAGCAGCGCAAUGACGUCACAGGAUAAACACGUCUUCUGUUUCUUAACACAUUCUCCAAGGACGUGAACAUGGAUUCGGAAGACGACAACAUGUACAAUACGGAUUCUGGGAACGAAUCUAGCGGCGAGGAAGACGACGGACUGUCUAUUGGUUUGGAACCAGAACCGACGACGGCCAAAGAGAAAAUGGAAAUUGAAGACUUUCCUUUUGAAGUUCUCACAACCGAGGAUAUUGUGCAGCACAUGGUUAACUGUAUCAGUGACGUUAACAAUAUUGUCGAGAUCCCGCCCACCACGACUCGGAUCCUCCUGAACCAUUUCAAAUGGGACAUGGAAAAGCUGUACGAAAGGUACUAUGAUGGUGAUCAGGAGCGGCUUUUUAAAGAAGCACAUGUGGUAAAUCCAUACAAAAAGCCUGCCAAAUCACAGAAGAAGAGACAAGUUUCUUCGGCAGCCCAUGGCAUGGAAGACUGUGAAAUUUGCCUGCGCGACCUUCCAAGCUCGAUGAUGACUGGGUUAGCCUGUGACCACCGGUUCUGCACCGAGUGUUGGAACUUCUACCUGACCACCAAAAUUAUGGAGGAGGGCAUGGGCCAGACGAUCUCAUGUGCCGCUCACGGCUGCGACAUCCUUGUGGACGACCAGACAGUAAUGAAAUUGCUGUCAGACCCCAAGGUGAAGCUCAAAUACCAGCACCUCAUCACCAACAGCUUCGUUGAGUGUAACCGGUUGUUGCGGUGGUGUCCUCAACCCGAGUGCAACAAUGCCAUCAAGGUGCAGUAUGUGGAUACACAGCCAGUCACCUGCUCAUGUGGCCACACCUUUUGUUUCGCGUGCGGGGAAAACUGGCAUGACCCUGUCAAGUGCCACCUGCUCAAGAAGUGGCAGAAAAAGUGUGACGACGACAGUGAAACGUCCAACUGGAUAGCAGCAAACACCAAGGAGUGCCCGCGGUGCAGCGUGACUAUCGAGAAGGACGGUGGCUGUAACCACAUGGUGUGCAAAAACCAAAAUUGCAAGGCUGACUUCUGCUGGGUCUGCUUGGGUCCCUGGGAGCCGCACGGCUCAUCGUGGUACAACUGCAACCGCUACGACGAGGAGGAGGCACGGGCAGCGCGGGACGCGCAGGAGCGGUCGCGGGCAGCACUACAGCGCUACCUCUUCUACUGCAACCGCUACCUGAACCACAUGCAGAGCCUCAAGUUUGAGCACAAGCUGUAUGCGGCCGUCAAGGAGAAGAUGGAGGAAAUGCAGCAGCACAACAUGUCCUGGAUCGAGGUGCAGUUCCUCAAGAAGGCAGUGGACGUGCUGUGCCAGUGUCGUCAGACACUCAUGUACACCUACGUGUUCGCAUACUACUUGCGCAAGAACAACCAGUCUGUCAUAUUUGAGGACAAUCAACGGGACCUGGAGAGUGCCACCGAAAAAUUGUCCGAGUACCUGGAGCGCGACAUAACACAGGCUAACCUUCUUGACAUCAAGCAGAAAGUGCAGGACAAGUACAGGUACUGCGAGAGCCGGCGGCGGGUCCUGCUGGAGCAUGUGCAUGAGGGUUAUGAGCGGGACUGGUGGGAGUAUACCGAGUGACACCACUGUGUGCGGCGGCGGCAGCGGCAGACGCUGUUUCUUCUGUGCCAAUGCCCAUUAAACGAGAGACAGUGCUCGCGCUGUGCCGAGCAACAUUUCCAUGGCUGAGGCAGUCAGGGGGCGCCACCUAGGGCCAGGCCCUGGGUAUAAAGGUGGCUGCCAAGCGAUGUGUCUGCUUGUACCCAGAUGUGAUGAAGGGGGGUAUAAAGAGCAGUUUUCGGAUAAAAUUGUGCGCACGAGGACUUCAUGAUUCACUGAGUCUAGACUCCUCUUGGCCUUGUAUGGCAUCCCGUUUCCGUGGGUACGCUGCAGCGAUGCUAGGUAGCAUCGCUUCCGCUUUUUUCAGUGCUUGUAUGCCAGAGGAUGAGCUCAGUGGGCAUUUCUUGGAAACAACAGCUGCCUUGUGAGCACUUGCUUCUGCCAGAGCCAGUGUGUCUUUGCAAAAGUCUCCUAGAACUUUUGGCCUCUCUUAUGGCAAGUGUUGCUAGUGCUACAAAUGCAACACCUUGUGAUGCAAGUCGCUCAGCAUUCAGCAAGUAAUGAAGCCACUGUGAAGACAUGUUUGGAAUGUUCUCCAUCCUUGUGAAUAAAAACUCAUGCAGCUGGCAAUGCAGGCUGCUGUCUAAUCCAGUGCUUGCUACUUUACUUGUCCAUGCAAAAAGCCUGUGUCAAAUGACGACAUUGUUUUAGAUUAAAAUGCUUCAUUUUACUUGAUACUGUGCUCGAGUAGGAUGGUUGAGCAGAUUAGUUAUAUUUAUUGUAAUAAACUGCAAUGUUUAUUUCCCAUA